GAUCAACAAACAGCUGCUGCUGCACAAUGACAAGGAUCUCGAUGGCUUCUUGGAGCAUCUUGACAAACAGAUGAUGGAGGAUUGGUGGAGAAGUGUUUCAGAGAUGUCUCCAAGCUUUAGACAGAAGGUUCUGGUUCUGACAGGCAGCACCAACUCACCAGAUAGAGAAAUGAGGCAGAAAAACAGCUUAGAUCCUCAGAAAUGUGUCCCAGUCAGCAUGAAGUUCUUCUACAAUCAGUUCUGUAUGUCAGAGUUAGACAGCAACACUGAAGGGGAAAUGUUCUCCCAGAACCGACAAACUGGAUCUGGGUUUUCUGGUUCCUCACAUGAACAUCUGACCCUGAAACUAAAACCUGGAGCAGCAGCAGGUUUCUCUCCUCAUGGAAACACAACCAUGAAUUCUAGAGUUCAUCUCCUCAAAGCUUCUAUGGUCCAUGGUCCAAAGGAACUGAACCAGGAGAAUCCUCAGAUUAAUGAAGCGAUGGAUAAACCUGACCCGGUUUCCAGCUCUAGAACCCCACAGAGACCAGAUGAUCUCAUCCUAGAGUUUGACCACCAGCAGAUCCUCAUGUUAGAAGAUGAUGAUGUGGUGAGAACCUCUGCAGCUUCUCUUUAUGAGAAACAUCCAGCAGUUAGUUCAGUUCAUGUUGUUGGUCCCCAGCUCAGAGUUCAACAGGUUCAAAAAUCACAGAGAGGAGAAGGAUUUUUAAAGUAAAACUGUGUGAAUAAUCAACAAACAAAUGUUUACUUCUGUGAAUGUUGGAAAUUGUGGAAUAAUUUGCAUGAAGGGUUGAAUGAGUUUUCAACUAUUUAAUCAAUUCAAAUAACUUCAUGAAUAGAAUUUAUAACUUCCUAUGUGCUUCUGGGUUAUUUAUUUAUAGAUGAUGAUGUUUGUAACAAGAUUGUAAAUGAACUUGAUACAAGGCCUUGAACUUUUACCUGCUGCUGAACAGAACUGAUUUAUGGGGAAUAAUUGCUUUAAUAAUUAAUAAUAAUUGCUAUUGACUGGACAGGAAAGCUGUGCCCUGGUUACCUUCUCCAUCCAGGACGCCCGGACACCGAUUGGCCUACUUCAUCAGGGGGAACCUUUCAGAAAAUGUGUUUUUAAUUUGAUAUGUCUGCUAGAAUACAAACUGCUUCCUGUUAGAACCGAUUCUGAUCUUUUUAAAUGACACCAAGGCAAAACAGGAGAGACAGCUGAAGGCUGUGGAACCAGGAUGGUGAAAUUAUUUCUUGUCAAAUUAGAAUAGUUUUGGAUAUGAUCCUAGCA